UUGAUAGCAAGUGGACAUCAAGUUGAAAGAGACAAAUUACCCUUUUGCUUAGUAAUUUAAACCACGCUCUGUCAUUGAAUCUGGGACUUUCCCACUAAUAUUUUUAUUCCAUCAACAUGAUAUCCUAUAUCCCGCCCCUCCCACAAAUACAAAUCUCUAUAUUCACAGUAAUGUCUCUGAUUUUUUCUUAAUAGACGUAUCUCUAAUGCUCUCAACAUCCCACGAGCCUUCAAAGCACUUUGCAUUUAUCAUCUUCUUCUCCACACCCUCCAUUCUCCAAUUAUUUCCCCUUCUAGUCGUCCCUUUCUCUUUGUUUUCCUCUCGACUCUCUCUCAUUUAACCCAUUCCAUUUCUCCUUCUUAGUACUCCUUACUCAAAAACCCAAUUUACAUUAUUCUAAAUAUUAGUCAUGGCACUUGAAACAUGGUUAAUUAAGGUGAAAAAAACUAUAGCACACAGUUUGGAUACAGUGCGAUCAACCAGUGCGCCGCGCCCAAAGCUCGCGGCGAUCAAGAAAUCCAGUGUUGGAGUUUUAGCAUUUGAGAUCUCUGGUCUUAUGUCAAAGCUUCUACAUUUAUGGCAAUUUCUGUCAGACAAGAACAUGAUCCGUAUCCGCAAUGAGUCAAUCUCCCUGGAAGGCGUACGCAAGAUUGUAUCAAACGAUGACGCCUUCCUUAUUGGCCUUGUCUGUGCAGAAAUUGUCGAGAAUUUAAGGCUGGUUGCCAAGUCUGUUUCAAGAAUCAGUAAAAGAUGUCAAGAUUCACAUCUCAGGAACUUUGAUCGUUACUUCAAUGAAUUCUCAAACACGGGCCGUGAUCCUUACAACUGGGUUCUUAGCUUGAAGGACAUGGAGUCAAAAAUCAAGAGAAUGGAUCAGUAUGUUACUACUACCGCCUUGCUACAUCGACAAAUGGAUGAGAUUUCAGUUCUUGAGAAUAGUUUAAGGAAAGCUUCGAAUUCCCAGUUCAAAGAUUCUGAUAUUUCAGUUAAAGAACAGAAGAUUCUUGAACUGCGACAGAAGUUUCUGUGGCAGAAACAAGAAGUUAAGUACCUGAAAGAAAGAUCUUUAUGGUGUCGUAGUUUCGAUACAGUAACGUCUCUGCUUGCUCGAUCCAUUUUCACUUCUCAAGCAAGGAUCAAAUUUGUUUUUGGUAUGAGCAAUGGAUAUCCAAAUUCUCUCCCACGUAGUCUCUCUGCUUCAGCAACUGUUUAUCCUUCAGAAAACCAUAACACGUGCAAUUUCGUGUCUGGGCCAUUGGUGAAUCCACCAAUACUUCAUGACAAGAAUGUUUCAGAUCAUGAUUUUUUCGAGUCUAAUACUAAGGUACUUAAACCACCUUCGAGUACUUUGGGUGCGGCUGCACUUGCUCUACAUUAUGCUAAUUUGAUCAUUGUUAUGGAAAAAAUGAUACGAUCACCACAACUAGUUGGUGUUGAUGCUAGAGAUGAUUUAUACUCCAUGUUGCCAAAUAGUAUACGAUCAUCGCUAAGAUCAAGACUAAAAGGCGUUGGAUUUUCGGCUAGUGAUCCAGUUCUUGCUAGUGAAUGGAAAGAUGCCCUGCAGAAGAUAUUAGGAUGGUUGUCACCUUUGGCACAUAAUAUGAUCAAAUGGCAAAGUGAAAGGAGCUUUGAACAACAAAAUUUAAUUCCAAAAACUAAUGUCCUCUUGCUGCAGACUUUGUAUUUUGCAAAUCAAGAAAAGACUGAAGCUGCCAUAACAGAGCUGUUAGUGGGGUUAAAUUAUAUUUGGAGGUUUGAAAGAGAAAUGAAUGCUAAGGCGUUGUUUGAGUGUACCAACUUCAACAACUUCUUGAAUUUGAAGCGUUCAAGUAAUUAAGCCUUCCAAUUUCUUCUAAGUAAUUUUCUUUGAUUUCAUUAAUAGAUAUAUAAUUUGAAGGAUUGUUAGAUGGAAACUCCUUUAAAAAAUCUGUGAGGGGUAUGUUUUGUUUUAACCCAAAUCUGUAUAUCAGUUGUAGACUACUAUAAGAUUGAGUCAAGAUUUUCAAGCC